CACUGUGGGCACAGUGGGCUGGGGGCCUAAGGGCCCUGGUGGCCCUAGGGACCCCAUGGCUAUGGCAGAGUGGCCGAGGCCCGAGCGGGCCUCAUAUCAUGACUGCAACAGCAACAGCUGCCAGGACCUGGGCAACUCCGUCCUGUUGCUGCUGGGCCUCAUCAUCUGCAUUAACAUUGGCAUCAAUAUGGUGACCCUGCUCUGGAGCCGACUCCGUGGGGUCUUACACCAAGCAUUCCACGAUAUCGUUUGUGAGAAAGAAGCUCCUAAGUCAUCCUCACCGGAAAAGCAGACCCAGCCCUCGGAGAAGCAGAGUUCCCCUGCGGUCCAUCUUCGGUGCACCACGGACCCUGUGAUGAUGACUGUGACCCCACCCCCCGCUCGCCGCCGUCGCCGUCGAGGCUCUCCUGCACGCUGCACUCACCGCCCAGUAACUUGGGCUCCUGACACUGACGAUGAGAAGCCCCAUCAGUACCCAGCCAUCUGCUGCCACCACUGGGAUGGCCCCGAGGACUGGGAAGGCUUCCAACCCACUCAGGGGACCUGGCUUCCCUGGAGUCAGGAUGCCCCGGAGCCCCCUCCCCAGACCACCCACUUCCAGCCUACCAUAGAGGAAAGGCCCCUCAAAACAGACAUGAGGUCCGAGCUGGGUCUAAGGGCCUAUGUGUAUCCUGUGAACCCCCCACCUCCCAGCCCUGAGGCUCCUAGCAACAAGAACAGUGGGGAGGGGGCGGUGCUGGAGGCAGAGGCGGCUCAGUGCCAGCCUGUCCACCCUCCCACCCUGGGCCCAGCAGUCGUCCCUGAAUUUUUCCGGCGCCGCUCCUCAGGCCGAAUAGUGUAUGAUGCCCGGGACGUGAGGCGGCGGCUUCGGGAACUGACCCGGGAGGUGGAGGCCCUGUCCCACUGCUACCCAAUGCCCUCUGGAUCCAGCACUGCUGAGGCGACAAGCAAGAAUUGGGUGUACCGUUCCCUGACUGAGAGGUGACUGGAAGAAAAUAAAAAGGAGAGAGGA